AUGCUCGGAAAAACAUUGCAAAUCAUACUCCUAAUUGCAUUUUCUUUCAUCUGCUGCCACGAUUACUUAGCUAGCUCUUUGCCUCUUUCCACCAACUCAAGAUGGAUCAUUGACGUGGCUUUGGGCCAGCGUGUGAAGUUGCAUUGCGUGAAUUGGGUUGCUCACAUGCAACCCAUGAUAGCGGAGGGGCUUGAUCGGAAGCCAUUACUUGAGAUUGCAGCUCAGGUUGAUUCGCUGGGCUUCAACUGCGUCCGCCUGACAUGGGCAACCUUCAUGUUCACUAAUGCCAGUUACAAAAACCUUACGGUUCUCCAAUCGCUCAACUCACUAGAACUCGGCCGGGCAGCAGCUGGGAUUGCCAGCAACAACCCGUCCCUUCUGGGCAUCACCAUAGUUGAAGCCUAUGAUGCAGUCGUUGAAGCGCUUGGUGAAGUUGGCCUCAUGGUGGUGCUAGAUAACCAUGUGAGCCGACCACAGUGGUGUUGUGGCAACAAUGAUGGGAAUGGGUUCUUCGGUGACCCUUACUUUGAUCCUGAAGAAUGGUUAGAAGGCCUAGCCAUUGUGGCUAAACGGUUUAAGGGCAAAGCUCAGGUUGUGGGCAUGAGCCUACAGAAUGAACUACGUGGACCACGCCAGAGUGAGCUAGGAUGGUACCAACAAGUCCGGCGUGGAGCAAGGACCAUUCACAAGAUAAAUCCCAAUGUGCUUGUGAUUGUUUCGGGGUUGAAUUACGGCACCGAUUUGAGCUUCCUAGGGAGGAGGCCACUGGGAAUGGACUUGGGAAAAAAGUUAGUUUAUGAGGCACAUUGGUAUGCUUUUAGUGAAGGGAGGAAGCGUGAGUGGGAGAAGCAAUCACCGAGUCGGAUCUGUGCAGACUCAGUGGGGAAAUUUGAAAACCGGGCCGGUUUUGUGACCCAUGGCAACAAUGCUACACCUUUGUUUAUAAGCGAGUUUGGUGUAGACCAAAGAGGAGUGAACCGGGCUGACAACCGGUUCUUGAGUUGCUUUCUUGCGUUUGCUGCCGGUAGGGACAUGGAUUGGGCCAUGUGGGCUUUGCAGGGGAGCUAUUAUCUGAGGAAUGACCGUGCAGGGUUUGAGGAAACUUACGGUGUGUUGGACACCGAUUGGAAGCAACCCAAAAAUCCCAAGUUUCAGGAGAGGUUUGGGCUCGUCCAUGAGAUGAUGCAAGGCAUGAGGAUUGAGACAUGUCUUAUGAGUUCUCUAGUUCAAUUACUCAUAAAGAAAAAGAAAUUCUUCAAUGCAGAUCCAGGAUCCAAUGGUUCAUCAUACCUCAUCCUUUAUCAUCCCUUAAGUGGACACUGCAUCGAGGGGAGUAAAGAUGGCAACAUUCAAGCAACUGACUGCCAGAGGCGAAGCAAAUGGAUUUACAAUGGCAACAAAACUCCAAUCCAGUUGAUGGGCACUGAUCAGUGUCUGAGGGUUGCUGGAAACGGGCUUUCGCCAAUCCUUUCAACCAACUGCUCAGAUGAUCAGAGUAGAUGGAGGAUGGUUUCAAGCUCCAAGCUUCAAAUAGCAACCAUGGAUGCACAGGGGGGGUUUCAAUGCCUGGAGAAGAGCUCUUCCAACUCAUCUACAAUUAUUACCAGCCAGUGUCUUUGUUUGAAUGAAUCUACCUGUGAUGAGAAUCCAGAAACCCAAUGGUUCAAUUUUGUUUCGUCAAAUUUAGUAUAAUUGUCUUUUGGAGCAUAUGGGAACAGGAUUCAAACUGUUGAACAUUACUAAUUAAGGAGUAUGACACAUGUGAGGAGGGGAUACAAAGAGAAGGAAGAAAG